GUCAUACAAAAUAUUUGGAGAAUGCUUUUGAGGGCGAAUUCACUGCAAAAUCCAUAUCUCUAGCUUUCUAUUCCGGACUUUUUGCAUAUGGAGGCUGGAAUUACUUAAAUUUUGUCACAGGCGAGUUGAAAGACCCGUACAAAAAUCUUCCGAGAGCUAUCUGGAUUGGACUGCCGCUAGUUACUUGCGUCUACGUUCUCGUGAACAUCGCAUAUUUUGCUGUUGUCCCGUCAACCGAAUUGCUAGCUUCCCCUGCCGUUGCCGUGACGUUUUCCACCCUAAUGCUCGGACCGAAAGUAGUUUGGUGCAUGCCCAUUUUCGUUGCUCUCUCCGUGUUUGGAAGUGUGAAUGGAAAUCUAUUUACAUCUGCAAGAUUUUUUGCUAUGGGAUCACACGAAGGUCAACUUCCAGAAAUCAUUGGGAUGAUAAAUACCCGUCGAUGUACACCUGUUCCAGCUCUCCUUCUAACGUGUUUCAUGUCCCUCCUGAUGUUGACAACCAGCGACAUUUACGUCCUCAUCAACUAUUUGAGUUUCGCCCAGUGGCUGUGGACAGGUAUUGUGAUUCUGGGAUUGUUGAUUAUGCGAAAGACGAAACCUGAUCUGCACAGGCCCAUCAGAGUGAACCUCAUUUGCCCCUUGGUGUUCUUGUUAUGCUCAGUAUUCCUCACAGUCAUGCCCAUGUUCGCUGAACCGUUCGAAACUGGAAUGGUUCUCCUCAUCAUGCUCGCUGGAUUCCCCGUGUACUUGGUGUUCUUUUACAAACCGAAGAGAAAUGUUCCAGGAGAAGAAACUUUCAAUUCAAAAAUUACAAAGAUGUUACAGAAGUUACUGGAAGUUGUUACACCAGAUGAAAAGUUUUCCUAAUUUCUCAAAUUUUCAAACAUUCCAUGGUACCACGUGUGAGAGAAGCAGCUAUAAACUAAAAAUAGGGCUGAUGGCCUUAUUUUUGUUUUUGGACAAAUCAGCGAAUGUUUCACGUAUUUAUUAAACACGUAAAAUGUUGCCUAAUUGUUGAAAUAUUUUAUGUAUUGAGUGUAAUACAAUUUUUACGAAUUACGACUAAUUAAGAAAUAUUUUACAUAUUUUUGUUGAAAUCAAAAAUCAUAUGAAAGUGAUUUCUACCUAUAUUAUUCAUUGUUGUUAUGGAAACAGUUUAUUUUAUUGGUGCAUGAAUAUUUGGGCCUUGAGGCUAAGGUGAAAAAAAACGUAUUUGUUUUUUCUCAAAAUACUGACGCCAAAUUGUAAUUUAUUAUAAUUCAUAGUUUUUUGAAAAAAUAUAUUUUAUUAAAUAUUUUUAUGA